AUGGAACACAUUGCCGGCUAGCUUUCAAAUGCCCGGAUUUGAACAACAAGAAAAUAUAGUAUUACCCGAGUUUCGAGUGUUGUCCGGCGACCGCAUUCAGCUUCCGUGUAACAUAACGUUCCCCACCAAUGGUGACUCCAUAUCACUAAUACUGUGGUAUAAAAAUGAUUGGGGCAAUGGACCCAUUUAUUCAGUAGACAAUCGGCAAACCGAGAGCAGACACUUUGUGCACAAUGACAUCACCAAYAGAGCCUAUCUUAACAUAAGUGCCCGAACUCUGACCAUUGAUCCGGUCAAGUCUGAAGACGAAGGAGAGUACCGAUGCCGUGUAGACUACCGAUGGGCCCGUACGGUCAAUACAUUAAUGAAUUUAGUGGUCAUCGUGCCGCCUCGCAAAGUGAUCAUUAGGAACGAGCAGAUGGAGGCUAUAGAAGACGUGGCCGGACCUUAUCAGGAGGACACCACCAUUAAGCUGAUAUGCGAAGCUAAAGGUGCCAGACCACCAGCCAAAGUGCAUUGGUAUCAUCAUAACCAGCUUAUUGAUGGCACCAGUUAUGUGGUACAGGAGGGCACCCGUGUAAGGAACGAACUGACCAUUGGUCCACUCACUAGAAGUCACUUAUUUGCUGUCCAUCGAUGUCAGGCCUUUAAUACCAACCAAACGCAUGCUAUAGAGGCCAGUGUUAUGUUAGAUAUUAAUUUUCGCCCAAUAUCUGUCCAAAUAUUGAAUGACUACAUUCAGCCACUAAUAUCUGGUAGAAGUGUUGAAAUAAUGUGCCAAUCGGUGGGUUCGCGACCGGCGGCGAGGAUUAUGUGGUUUAAAAAUGACAAACAAAUCAUGUCUUCCAGGGAAUAUUAUUCAGAUGACAAUAAUGUAACCAAAAGUGUGCUUACAAUGACACCAGUGCCUGAUGACAACGGCGCCCGAUUAGUAUGUUUGGCCGAUAACGUCAAGAUAACCAACAGUUCCAUAGAGAAUAUCUUAACACUUGAUGUCCACUUUGAGCCGAGAGCCAGUCUUGUAAUGACAACGAGUCCCAAGAAUAGUGUUGUCGCCGAAGGAAACGACGUUCACAUGGAUUGCAAAACCAAAUCAAAUCCGCCGUCACUGGAGUUCAGUUGGUUUUACGACCAGAGGAUUAUCAAAACCGAACUAAACUAUGGGAUCUUUAUAACUAACUCUACGCUCAAUAUACGUAACGUUAGCCGAAAACAUGAGGGAAAGUAUUAUUGUUUGGCAACUAAUUCGGUCGGAAGGGGAAAAAGUAAUGAUUUCAUACUUUCUAUUGACUAUGCACCCAUUUGUAAAAGUGGUCAGAAAAUAGUAUACGGAGUCGGUUUGGACGAAACGGCCCGAAUUUUAUGCGAUGUCGACGCCCGGCCAUCUCAUGUCACCUAUCAGUGGACAUUCAACGAUACCAUUGAUCCGACUCUAAAGUUUUACAGCGAAGGUCUUCGUAGUGUAUUAUUAUAUACACCAAAAUCCCGCCAUGACUUCGGUUAUCUGAGCUGUCGGGGCACUAAUGUGGCCGGCAUUCAACAGUCACCCUGUGUUUACACAGUCAUUCCCGCCGGCAAACCAGAAGCUGUAGUUAAUUGUGAGACUCAUAACAUCGGUUUUACAUCGUUAACCAUAAGCUGUUCGCCCGGUUAUGACGGAGGCCUACAACAGACGUUUGCGUUGGAAGUGUUUCAGAAAAGUGAUGACAAAUUAGUACUCAAUCUGACCAACAGUUUGGUGACUACCUUUGAAUUAAGUGCUUUACAACACAAUACCGAUUAUAAAAUUAAAGUCUACGCCAAUAAUGUUAAAGGCAAAAGUGAACCGUUCACCACUUGGGCAAAAACCAACAGUCCUCCUGUAUCGACACCAGAAAUAUCGGCUAAAACUGAUGAAUCUAAUGGAGUAACAGAAAAAAUUGUGAUAAUAGCUGUUAUAUUAGCAUUGAUUGCAAUACUUUUGGUAGUAUUUUGUAAGAUUUUGCGUAAAUUAAAACAAAAAGUCGGCGAAAGUGAUGACGAAGACAAUGUCGACGACGACAACAAAUCUGAAGAGACCGGCGAUUAUACUGCUGGCGAUGACAUUCAUAGUCAGCUAAAGAGUUAUCACAAUCUUAACGGAAGCGCCACUCGUAAUGACAAUUAUAGUAACUCAUUGCCAGCGGCGACCAAUUAUAUCAAUGAAGUCAAUAAUAGAGAGAGAAGUAAUCAGGACUGCUAUCAGAUAUAUGAAGUUCAACUCCAAGAAGACUUAAAUGAUUUUUACCAUCAAAACGACUGUAUUUAUAUUAAUCGCGAUGUCAACAGUCCAAUGAUGUCGGAACCGGGUGUCCAUUGGUCACCAAAUGUUUCGACUAAAUCAAGUUGUCUUGAAAUGUCUUAUCCAUCGAUGGACACCAAUACCUUAGGACGAUAUCAUAAUAGCAAUAAUUAUAAUCAAUAUUUUUAUAGCAAUACAAUUGCUGGUAAUAGAAAUGCACACCGAAAAAGGACACAAUCUUAUACAUCAACACCUGUUUGA